AUCAAUUUUAGUUUUUACUGUUUAUUGUCAACAGCUGCUUAAGAAAUUAAAAAUUCUUAAAGUUAAUAUACUUUACUACUCCUUGUAUAAAAAAAGGGAUUAACAUUAAGUAUUAAUCAAUAACUUUAUGGUCCUUGGUAAUGUAAAAAUUAACUUAUAUUCCUCUGGCUUAUACGUCGCUAAAACUUAAAAAAUCUUGGAUAUUGUAAAAUUCACAUAAAAAAUGUCGAUACCUCCGUUGGUGUGCAGUACACCUCCUCCGCCAGACCAGUGUGAAGACGAUAAACAUAUUGAUGAAUUUGAUUUACAGUACCGAUUGUCACCAGAGGAUGAAGAUGAAAAUGAUGAAUAUAAUUAUGGAAAUUUUCACAAUUUCCAUGAUGCUAUAUCUAAUAAUGAAGACUCUGAACCCCAAAUUGAAACCUGUAAUAUAAAGACUGAUCAUAGCAAUAUUGGAAUAAUUGAACAUUCUAAACACAGUCCAAGUAACCAAAAUUCUAUAGAUAAAGCAAGCAUUGAUGAUGUGGCUAUUGAAGACUUAAACUUAAAGGUAGAACAAGAAAGUGAUCUUGUAGAUCAGAUAGAAAGUAAUAAUAGUAAUCUAGAUGAAGAUUCAGAUACAUAUGGAAUAACGUGUUUUACGCCGCAUAUAGAAUCUCCUAAUAAAAGUACUUUAUGUAUAAACUCUAAUGUAGUAACAGAAGAAAGUAAUAAGGUAAAUGAAGUAGAAACCGUGAUACCAGAAUUGAAUGAUUUGUCUCUAUUUUCUGAAAAAGGGGAAGAAUUCCCUGUCAAAUUAUUAGAACAGUCUGAAAGCAAUAUUGUGAAAAAUCAAGUCCUUAUAGAAAAUAUAACAUCUCAAUGUGAAGAAUCUAAACAAGAUUUGAAAACAUGUGAUGAUUUUGAUGACUUUGAAGAUUUUAAAUUCAGUACAAACAGCAAUUAUAACAUUAUUGAAAGUACUGGUAAUCCUUGGGAAAGUAAGGAUCAAAAGGAUUUUAACUUUGGGGAUUUCAAAGCCAAUUUUGAUGUUAAUGAAUCUUUACAUGAAGAAUUACAUAAUGAGAAACUAAAUGAUGAAAUUAUCAAUAGUCAAGCCAUUCUAGAUGAUAGUCAGAAACUUAAUGAAGAAAUUAUCAAUAGUCAAGCCGUUCUAGAUGAAAGUCAAGAUGAAGAUUUUGGUGAUUUUGAUGAUUUUAAGUCUUCAGUAAAUAAAGAAAUAGAAGAACAUGCUUCUCAACAUGUCACUGUUUUAACCUUUCAAAGUAAUGACAAUGAGGGCCAGAUUAUAGAAAGUAUAAAAAAUAUUUUAUUAAAUAUCUUUCCUGACGAUUUACCAGAUUCUGAAACUGCAUUUGAUGGAAAUCUUGAGUCAUUGCUAGGUGAGACAUGGCAUCAUUUGAAAGAAAUUGAUGUAAGACAGCCUUACAUUGUAUAUUGGAAUAAUUCUCUCAGUCAAAAAACUCUUUUAAAGGCCCUAUGCAUUGAUUCACGAAAUAUUCUGUUUGGACCAAAGUGGAAUUCCUUGAUGCCAAAAUAUGCAACAAAUUUAAGUGGAGCACCUCUAAAACCCCAAAAACCUACAACACCACAGGAACCAGACCUCAGUGCUGAAAAAAGUAAAGAAAACAUCACAUGGACAGAUCCUUUCACUUCAACUGGACAAGGAUACACUUAUGCUGAAGCUCUACUCCUAGAUUUAGAACACCUCAUGACCACUUUAGAUCAAAUGGCUCACAAACAGUCUACUCUAAAAAUAUCAGAGUUACUUUCAACUGCUAACAGUUCAGACAGGGAAAAGGCCUUAAAAGAGUCUCGACCAGCAGAUCUGAAUGUUUUUGGAAGCUCCAUUACAGUAUCGAAAUUAGACAAGAUCCAUUCAAGUACACUCAGUGUGCAACCUCUUAGACAUAUCAAUUUGCCUGAUACUCAUAUAUUUACACCUACUGACUCAGAAACUCCAAGAUCAAAAACAAUUCAUUACGAUAUUACACCGCCUGUAUUAUUACCACAAACAAUAGAGAACCACAGCAUUGACACUGAGAAACCUAUUCCAAAAAAUACUACCAUUGAAAAUAAUGAUGAUUACUGGGAAUUUCAAGAUUUUAAAGGAACAGCCGAAAGUGACCAAAAUGUAGAUAUGAAAACUGAAACCAUUAAUCCAAAUGCAGGUAUGAUUCUUCAAAGUCAAUUAUUGCAACCAGUCAAAGUUGAGCCAACCAUUCCCACAUUAAACUGGCCAGAUCCUGGUGAGGUAAAGGAGACGUUUGAUGAUUUUUCUGAUUUUGUGUCUAGUACUGCUUGGAAUAAUGAUAAUGCAAGUACUAUGGAGGGUACAUCUCACCCGCCAAGUGCUAGCUUCAUUAGAACACUACCUUCUGAUAAUGUAGAGGAUGAAUUUGAAACAUUCCAAUCGGCUCCGACACCUGCCUCCAAUCAGAAAUGUGCAGAAACCUUGUCACCAGAAACUAGUAAAUUUGGUAAUGAGAUCACACAUACACUACCAUCGGAUACAUUGAACAUUGGGCCUAACCAAGUCUUCGCACCGAACACUGUGCAGAAUCAUAAUAUUUCUGUGGACAUAACCUCAAAAUCUAGUCCAGUGAAUACGUCAAUUUUAAAACCUAUAAACGCCGGCUCGACUGUGAUUCGCCCCCAAAAAGCUGGACAAAUUUUACAACCGCUUUCCCUCGAAAGUUAUUCACAGAUAAAUUGGCCCAAACCCGGUAUAGAUUUGCAAAAUCUUUCAAGCUUCAACCCUCUCGAAAGCUUCGAAGCAUUUAAAAGUGACUCCGGUUCGAGUGGAGCCAGCAAAGGCGCAUCGCCGGUGCAUAAAAUAGUUAAUAAUCCUGUCACCGUGAACGAAACCCUCGAUGACGAUAUUUGGGGUGACUUCGUAUCGAGCAAACCCGGACAAGUUGCUCCAAAGAAGCAGUUACAUGCAGACGAAGACGAAUGGACGGACUUUGUGUCCAGUCCGAGCAUAUCACAGAACAGCCUCAAAACCAUAAGCUAUAAUGUCGCCACCAAUUCGACAAUGCAAAAGAUGUCGAAUCAAAGUGCUUCUAAAAAUAAUCAAUUGGCUCUAGAAAUUCCGGUCCUCAAUUACAUCACUCCGAAUUCGAACAGCCGAAGCAUGUGUGUUGAUAAACAUUUUCAAAAUUUAUAACGACUUUAUAUUUUUAUGUGUCUGACAUAAAUACCGUUUAUGUAAAUAUAAUUAAUGGUGAAGGUAUUAAAUUGUUUUUUAGUUUUAGUUACAAAUAGAAGCUUGUUGUUCAGAUAGCGUUUUGUGUGUUCUUUGAAAUAUAUGACUUAUACUUUUUGAUCUCUU